CUGUGUCUCCCCCCUCCCCUCCGCGCUGGACCCGGGGCCACGUGCCGCCGCCGGAGUUCUGCCCCUGCCCUCGGUCUGCCAUUGACGUCACAUUCGGAACAAGCCGGCGGCCGCCCGCGCGCCCUCACACUCUCACACACACGGGAGGCGGCGGCAGCAGCAGCCGCAGCAGCAGCAGCCCGCCUGCCCCUGCCCGCUCCGCCAGCUGCCUCCUGCCCGCCCCGGCUCCUGGCCGCCCCGGCCCCGCUCGGCAGCCGGCCCCGCCGCGCUCAUGAGAAGCGCCUGCCAGCCCUGAUCCCAAGCGGCGCACCUGGCUUCGGCAGAGAUGAAUGAAAGCGGCUCGCUCAAUGGCACCGGGGUCCCUUUAGCCCGCAUGCAAGCCAGCCAUGGCAACUCUUCCCUGGAGCUCUCCUCGCAGCUCCCCGUCUUUGCCAUCAACCCCUGGGACGUUGUGCUCUGCAUCUCCGGGACCAUCAUCGCCUGUGAAAAUGCCAUCGUGGUGGCCAUUAUAUUCUACACUCCCACCCUGAGAACCCCUAUGUUUGUGCUCAUUGGGAGCCUGGCCACAGCGGACCUACUGGCUGGAGUUGGCUUAAUCCUGAAUUUUGUUUUUCAAUAUGUGAUCCAGUCAGAGACCAUUAGCCUUAUUACCGUUGGAUUCUUAGUUGCCUCCUUCACUGCUUCUGUGAGUAGCUUGUUAGCCAUCACAGUUGAUCGUUACCUUUCCCUGUACAAUGCACUGACUUAUUACUCAGAGAAGACGGUCCUCUGCAUUCAUAUGAUGCUGGUCGUUACCUGGGGGGUGUCCCUCUGCUUGGGACUACUACCUGUUCUAGGCUGGAAUUGUCUAGAUGACUAUUCAUCCUGCAGUAUUGUCAGACCCUUGACCAAAAGUAACGUGACUUUGCUGUCUGCCUCUUUCUUUUUGGUUUUUAUCAUCAUGCUUCAUCUGUACAUUAAAAUCUGCAAAAUAGUUUGCAGGCAUGCACAUCAGAUAGCUCUCCAGCAACAUUUUUUGACUGCAUCUCACUAUGUUGCUACUAAAAAAGGAGUCUCUACGCUUGCUAUAAUUAUUGGGACCUUUGGAGCAAGCUGGUUACCAUUUGCAAUCUAUUGUGUAGUUGGAGAUCUUGACUACCCUUCUGUGUACACUUACGCCACACUUCUGCCUGCUACUUACAACUCCAUGAUCAAUCCUAUCAUUUAUGCCUACAGAAACCAAGAAAUUCAGAGGGCGAUGUGGGUUCUUUUUUGUGGCUGCUUUCAGUCUAAAGUGUCCUUUCGUUCAAGAUCGCCCAGUGAUGUCUAAGUGGCUUUUCUUUUUGUAGUGCUGCCCAAAGAGACAAGCUACUUAGUAAAUUACAGUGCCUGUAAUGAACUAGAUCCAUGUUGUGAAGUUGUUGAAAACAUGCUUAAACCUUAGCACUUUAUGUACAUAUAUUUGUAUUCUUUGGAAUGUUCAGGUAUGGAGCUUUCACGUCUGUAAAAAAACUGUGGUUGCACCCAGAAUUGUACAUCACAUUUGUAAAAUGAAGACAUUCCAAUACUGCUUAAUUCUAGCACUUUAUUUCUAGCUGCUGAAGUGCCAAACAGUGUUGCCACUUCCAAGGGCAGAGAGAAGGGAAGUGAAAUGUAUUUUAUGUGUGAGUAUAUUUUGCUGCACAAUGUUGACAAAUUAUAACAUUUUGUACACAAAGAAAUAAAUGCCUUGAACGUGUAAUUUUA